CUGUCUUUACAAGCAUUUUUCAUUCGCAUUUUUUGUUUCGCACCUAAAAAAAAAACGAAAUUCCGAAUUGGAAUAAAUAGAAAAAAUGUCCAGCUUUUCGCCAAACCAAUUGCGCCAAUGCGCCCGCUUCACCGGCACACCCUGUACGCCGGACAAGGAGCAGCAGCUACGGGAGCAGAUCCACAGCGAGUUGACCAAGAUCAAGUACUGCGCGAAUCCUACUUACGAAUGCAGUCUUAUGCGGAUCGAAGGCUAUGAAUACUGCAUCCGGCACAUCCUGCGCGAUCCUCGAUCCAACUACCGCCAAUGCUCGCACGUCUAUUCGAACGGCAGAAAGUGCAUUAACGCGGUGGCUAAAUUUGACAACAAGAAAGAGCAAAUCCUGACUACCCUCUGCUUUGAGCACAAUCGCCAGACGCAGCUGCAGAAGACCCACCUGAAUGUUGGUCGCAUUCGCAGUCGUGUGGAGACUAACGAGACCCUGCUCCACGGUCUCUCAUCGCACAUCAACGUGGAGGACAUAAAGCCAGAGGUCCCCAAAGCUGAACCAGAUGACGAUGAAAUUGAUGUGGUCUCGCCGCACGUUAUUCCAUUUGUCCCCCAGGAUCAUCGCAACUCCAUAAGACAUGUUGUGGAGAGCUCGCGCAAGCGACGUCGCAUUCUGGAUUAUGCUUCUGAUAGUUCCAGCAACGAUGAGGAUCCGCCUUGUCUAAAGAAUACCGCUCAGGACAUAGAGUUCUACGAAUCGGACUAUGAAAGCAUAGAUUCCGAAGAUGACGAUCCCUUAAAACACGCUGGCGUUUUCACCCGUGCCGAGGCAGUAAGGAUUGCCGAGACCAAGCUAAUAAAGCUUCAGGGUCUUUAUCGUGAGCAGCUUUCACAUUUGCAGAAUGUCCUGAAGCAACGGCGUCGCAAAUAUUUGCACGACAUACGCCGAGAGCGAGAGAUAUAUUGUAGCAUCCAUGAUCAGCUAAAGGACACGCCGCACGAGCGGAAGCUGUACGAACAGCUAAAGGCUCUGAAUAGCUACCAUCGUCGCCAGGGCAUGGAGGCAGUGCUGUACAAGAAACUAAAGGAGAAGCGCGCCCGGGACACUCUGUAUGCAUCAAAAUCAUCUAGUAACCCAAAGUGCGUUUUCACUGAGGGUGGCGUAAAGUGUGGUGAACGAACACUACCCUGCUGCAAACACUGCCGCAAGCACAUCCUGGAGGACAAGCGCCAGGUUCUGUUUCGUGCCUGCGGCGUGGAACGGAGUGGGGUGGUCUGUCAGGAACCGGUGGCUAGCAUUCUUGAAGACUCGAAUUGCGUUCUGCAUCUGACCGUCGCGCCGGCUAAGCGGCAGUAUAUACAAAAGUUUUAUGAACUUCCGAAAACUCCGCCGGUAGAAAGUAUUUUCGCAGCAGGCCGUGGUGUCGAUAAUUUUGUUGAAGAAGACCCUCCGGUUAUAUCGCAGACGGAGGGUGAUGAUCUUUUGGAUUUAGCAAGUGGUAUAUUCGAGUUUGACCUCGAAACAGCCGAUGAACUGGCAAACUCUCUCGACGGUGACUGCACCAUGUUCCUAGACAUGGAAAGUGACCUCGGCUUAGCCAUUAACGAUCACACUGUGGACAUUGGAAACUUAGACUUAGGUCUCCAGGAAGAAAUCGAAGGAGUUUCAAGCUAUUCAGUUGAUCCUGUUGAAACUCUGACUCAAGACAAUUUUAUCGAUGGCCACUUAGAUUUAGAUGAAUCAUCUGUGCAAGACAGUAACGAACUUAACUUUAAUAUCGACGAUUCGGAAAGCAAUAUUAACGAAGUGUUGCGAAUGCUAGAGGGCAUUGAGCAAAUGCCCUGGUUUGACGCCCUAAUGAACUAGUUCCAUUACUUAGUGAUAAAUGCGAGUCCGAGACCGAGGAAGAUGAGAUCCAGUCUGCGAGCGUGAGUACGAUUAUAAAAAAGGAAAAAAAGGAGCCCACAGAAAAUCUGAACACGAGUCAAGUUCUCAACGUC